AUGCGGCCGCUAAAAGACGAAGAGUUUGACAAAGUUGAGAAAAAGCUGAAGCAGUACAUGGGAAACAAUCUUUCCUCCUUUCUUAACCCUCUGCACGAGCUGGUAUACCACAAACAGCGAAUAUAUUACGUUAGAAAAGACCUUAUUAAAAAAGCCAGUAUAAUUCCAAAUGAUAAUAUUCUAUGCAUUGGCACGUGCAUUGGGCGGCUGACUAAAUCAGAGUUCUUCCGUAUUAAGAUCACUGGGCUGCACAUGCUUAUGAUGUAUGCCAGCAGCAAGAUCAAGAUCAAGCAAACUGCUGAGAUGAACGUUCUCUAUGGAAACCACGUGCAGAGAGCACACCUGUGUGGAGUUGCUCCAGACAUUCGAAAAAACGCAGGAGUUGUCCUAACUACUUCCUCAAGCAUUCCUAUUGGAUUUGGAAUUAUGUCUAAGUCUGGUAAUGAAAUAUUAGCAGGGGAUAGAACUGCUGUGGUUGUUGUAAGACACGGUGAUGCUGGUGAGUACUUAAGAGGCGAAGACGCUCUUAUGUAAGGCAUCUAAUAAAACAAAAUAAUUGAUGAAUAAAUAGUUAUAGAGGUAAAUAAAAGAAUAGUUAGUGAUAGUCGCAUACUAAAAAG